AUGGUUGAGUUAAACAUCAACUACUGUCCUGCUGAUGGAUACCAAUUUCGGGAAGAAGCAAAAUGUAAAAUAUGCGGAUUCGAUAGGUCUAGCCUAAUAAACAGGAUUUUAAAGACGAAUUCAGUACGCGAGGAACGUAAAAUUCCGUGGCGUAAACUAUUGUGGGUGAAACACGAUUAUCCGGAUAAUUAUGUAGAUAAAACAUUUUUAGAAGAAUUAAAGAGAAAUGCAAAUGUCAGGUUAUAUGAUUACUGGUCUGUAGUCAUGGAAUCAACCGUAAUUUCACAACACAUAAGCAGUAUAGUGAUCUUUAUAGCGAUUUUUAUAUAUCUUUAUCUUGACAUGCUUUUAGCACAAACUUUGAUAAUAUGCGGGACAGUAUUUACUAUCAUAGGAUAUAUAUUUUGGGACAAAAGUAUAUCAAAGACCGAUCCCUCAUAUGAAUAUAAAAGUAAGCUAGCUGGAUGGAAAACAGCGAAGGGAGCUAUGUUAUUUUCUGCUACACUUUUAGGAUUAUCACCUAUUUUAAAAACAUUAACAAAGGACAUCAGUAGUGAUACAAUUUGGGCUUUAACUGUAAUACUAUUUCUUGCAAAUAUGUUAUUUCAUGAUUACGGAUCAGAGAAUAGAACAAACAUCAAAUUUCCAGGUUCCUUAUCAACAAAUGCUGCAAUUUUUGCAUCAGUAUUGUUAGCAUCAAGGUUACCGUCAAAUUCACACGUUUUAGGUCUUAUGUCAUUCGCUGUCGAAUGGUUUGCACUUUUCCCAUUAUUUAGAAGAUACACAAAA